AUGUUCAAGAGAACCGUUGCAUUGCUCGAGAAGAGCAAAUACAAGCCCUUUGCCAACAUGCUCAGGGACCCGUCUGUCAAGUACUCGCGAUUCAGAGGUGUUGAUCUUCCUGACAGAACGUGGCCCAACAAGGUGAUCACCAAGGCACCACUGUGGCUGUCGACGGAUCUUCGUGACGGUAACCAGUCCUUGCCUGAUCCGAUGUCUGUUGAGCAGAAGAAAGAGUAUUUCCACAAGCUUAUUGAGAUUGGAUUCAAGGAGAUCGAGGUUGCUUUCCCGUCCGCUUCUCAAACCGAUUUCGAUUUCACCAGGUACGCUGUGGAGAACGCUCCUGACGAUGUUUCGAUCCAGGCUCUUGUGCAAUCACGUGAACACUUGAUCAGAAGAACCGUGGACUCUUUGAAAGGCGCCAAGAGAGCUGUGGUUCACACGUACCUGGCCACGAGCGAUCUGUUCAGAGACGUUGUUUUUGGAAUGAGCCAGAAGGAGGCUAUCGAGAAGGCCGUGCAGACCGCCAAGUUUGUGAGAUCGUUGACCAAAGACGACCCGGCUUUGAAAGACACUGUUUGGUCGUACCAGUUUUCUCCAGAAUGUUUUAGUGACACCCCUACCGAGUUUGCGCUGGAGAUUUGCGAGGCCGUCAAGGCCGCCUGGGAGCCCACCGAGGAGAACCCAAUCAUCUUCAACCUGCCGGCCACCGUUGAGGUUUCUGGCCCGCACGUUUACGCUGACCAAGUUGAGUAUUUCUCGAGAAACAUCUCAGAGAGAGAGAAGGUGAUCAUUUCCCUCCACUGCCACAAUGACAGGGGUUGUGGAGUGGCUGCCACCGAGCUGGGUAUGCUUGCUGGUGCCGACAGAGUCGAGGGAUGUCUCUUUGGAAACGGUGAGAGAACCGGUAACGUUGAUCUUGUGACUGUGGCUUUGAACAUGUACACUGACGGAAUUUCGCCAGACCUGGACUUUUCCGACAUGGAGUCUGUGAUUGACGUUGUUGAGAAAGGCAACAAGAUUCCUAUCCACUGCCGUGCCCCAUACGGUGGCUCGUUAGUUGUUUCUGCGUUCUCUGGCUCGCACCAGGACGCUAUCAAGAAAGGAUUUGUGAAGCAGGCCGAGAGAGAGGCCAAAGGCGACCGCAGAUGGCUGAUCCCGUACUUGCCACUGGACCCUAAGGACAUUGGUAGAAACUACGAGGCCGUGAUCAGAGUGAACUCGCAGAGUGGUAAGGGAGGAGCCGCCUGGGUGGUGGAGAGAGCUUUGGGCUUGGAUCUGCCAAGAGAAAUGCAGGUUGACUUCUCGAAGGUUGUUCAGGAGGCUGCCGACAAGCUUGGCAGAGAGCUCAAGUCGGACGAGAUCAUCUCGUUGCUACAGUCGAACUACAACAUCGACAACUGCUCGAGCGGCGCGUUGAAGUUGCAGGACUACUCGAUCCAGAAACAGUCCGAGUUUGUCACCACGAUCGAGGUGCACGUGACGUACAACGGCAAGGAGGUCACUGUCGAGGGAACCGGUAACGGACCGAUCUCGUCGUUUGUGAACGCCGUGUCGAAGGUGGUUGGCCGCGAGAUCGAGCUGCAGAAAUACGCCGAGCACGCUGUGGGGUCUGGCUCCAACACCAAGGCUGCCACGUACGUGUAUCUCACCAGCGGCGACGACUCGCAAUGGGGAAUCGGAAUCCACGAGUCCAUCACGCGGGCCUCGCUCAACUCGAUCCUCGCCUCGGUCAACGGCCUCAUCGCCGGCAAGCCCCACACCCUGCAUCUGAAAAGAGCUACAGCAUAA